UGCCCUCGGGCUUGUUUUGCUCGCCGGGGUUUGUUUUGCACGGCGGAGUUGUUUUCCACUCCCGUUUUUGUUGUGCGGUCCGGUUUUGUUGCGCACUCCGGGUCUUGUUUUGCGCUUCCGUGUUUGUUUUCCACUCCUGUUUCUCUUUCGCCUCCCGGUUUUGCCAUGCACGGCCAUGGCGGCCCCUUUUUAUUCUGUGCCCCGCUCCCCCCAUUUGCAGCCGCGGCUGGCUGUGCCGAGGGCCUGCAGGCAUGCACACCCCACAUGCAAAGCGGGUUUCCCCCCUUUCCCAGUUUCCCAAGCAGGUUCCCCCACAGCUGAAUCCCCGUCCCGGUUGCAUGUGAGGAGCACAGGAAAAGGCUGGCGAGUCGUGUAGGGUGGAGGGGUGGGUGCCAGAUGAGUGCCAUGACUCUGGUUGCAGAAGACGAGAGGUGCAGGAGCGGGUGUACAGAUUAAGGGUGCAGAGCCGUGAGGACACAGGGCUGGGGGACCGAGGUCCUGCACAGGGAGGCGGCCGUGCUGUGCUGGGGUUCAGCUGGGAGGUGUGUAGGUGCCGUACCGCGGGGCGGGGGUCCCGUGCAGGGUGCAGCACCCAGGCACAGGGCGGCCGUACCGGGGAGGCGCUGUGGGGCGGCGAGCGGGGCGGGCCGGCUCCGCUGGCACCGCCCGACGGGGCGGACACCGCGGCUAUAAGUUGGGGUGGCGCGGGGCGGGCAGCCGCAGUGCGUUGUGAUUCGUGUGUCCUUCGCACCGCUCCUCGCAGCUAUGAGCACCGGCUUGUACCAGUCCCCGAUGGAGGUUGCUGUCUACCAGCUCCACAACUUCUCCAUCUCCUUUUUCUCCUCCCUGCUCGGAGGGGACGUGGUCUCCGUUAAGCUGGACAACAGCGCCUCCGGUGCCAGCGUGGUGGCCAUUGACAACAAGAUCGAGCAGGCAAUGGAUCUUGUAAAAAAUCACCUGAUGUAUGCAGUGCGGGAGGAGGUGGAGGUCCUGAAAGAGCAAAUCAAAGAACUGUUGGAGAAAAACUCCCAGCUGGAGCGUGAAAACAGCCUCCUGAAGACCCUUGCCAGCCCCGAGCAGCUGGAAAAGUUCCAGUCCCGGCUCCCUGCGGAGGUUUUGUGCCCGGAGGAGCAGAGCCCAGGGGCAGCUGCCCCGGCCCAGCACUCCGGGGGCUCUGCGGUGUAAGGUGGCUCUGUCCUCGGGGUGGGCAGAGCCACAGAACUCUUUCUACUUAAUCUCCUGCAAAAUCGUUUCCGCCUUCAUCUCACACGAAGGACUGCCAGACCCCGGCACUGAGCCGUGGCCCCCUGGGCAACCCCGGCAAGUCAGCAGGGCCAGUGGCCCUCUUGUGCACAAGGAUGCUCUUCUGCAAGGAAGACACGGGCAGCUGACCCCUUCCCAUCCAACCAGCCGUCAUGUGCCGGGGUAAAUCUGUGGCCUGCCUGUCUCAGGCUCUGCUGAAGCCUGGGCGUCUGCGACACCCUGGCAGUGCCAGGCAGCCUUCGGCACUUUAAUGGGAAUCCACGGUUGGAAGGAGCGCACGCCGAGUCCUGUGCCUUUGCUGCACUGUGCGGGGGGAGGGGGCCUUUCUGGCAAAGCCUGACGUUGGAGGAAGACCGUUGUUUAGUGAGCGACGCAGAUUUGUCCUGCCAGACAGCCAGGAGUAUGCUGGAGCCCAGACCUGACUGAGCAGCACAGGCGGUGGCAGUUGCAGUGUAGUGCAUGGCUGUACGCACACCAGUGUGGGGAUUACAAGGAAAAAAAGCUUGUUUUAUUAGUUGGGGCGUCUGUAGCCACAUCUGUACAAACACACGCAUGAGCAGGACCUGCGAGGCUGUGGAGUGCCCUGCUCUGGGCCAGCCAGACCAUCUUUGUACAGCUGGGGGAUUCAAGGCAAGACUGGAACGGUGAGCGGCUGUAACUGGGUGGCCAGAGCUGUGAGCAGCCCAAAGGAGGGGACAGAUUCACCUCUUUCUGGUAUCCACCGUGACAAGGGCUGUGCGGCCGCAUUGGGAGGAUCUGGACUGACAUCUGGGCUGGGGGGAUCAGCCUGUGCCCCCAGGCUCCCCACCUGCCCCGCCAGCUCUCUGGGAACUGACGGGACGUCCCUUUUGACGUCAGAAGCGGUGACACAGUUGUGUAAAUCUUGGUAGAAAUGGCAAUAAACUCUACUUUUUGUAUAAA